CGCUAUGUAGCCAAACUGCAAAGGUGAAAAUGAGCAACAUCGUAGUUAUGACUAUUAUUAUUAUAAUAAUGAUUUGAAACGUCAGGGCGGUAUAGUAUAAGCCCGAUGUGAAGAUGAAAGUGAGGUAACUAAUGUGUAUUUGUUGUAAGAGCGGAAAUGGAGAAGUGUCUGUUGUCUUCUCAGCUGUGUAUUCAGCGCAAACAGUAUGAGGUCACGUUAAACUCCUUCAUUCUCGCGUGGAAGGAGAUACAAACGGCCAAAACAUACACAGUACGCUCCAUAUAUGGGGCUUUCAAAGCGGGUACUCACCGUGUCCCAGUAUGUGAGAUCAUAGCCAUUCAGGAAAAGGAAGACAAUGCUCUUGCAAAAGACUCUGGAAAAUGGCAGAAGGUUCCUCAAAGUCCAGUGGACUCCUGUCAGCAUGCUUUCACAGUGUUCUACGUGGAGAGGACGACGCAGCACUGCUGGCGGUGCAGAAACGUGACCUUCCAAUGCUCUGAACGGGCCGUGUGUCUUCUCUGGGUCCAAACUAUUAGGGAACUACUCUCAUUGUUGACCAAUCGACCGAAGAACUUGCUGGUGUACAUCAACCCCUAUGGAGGAAAACAGCGCGGCAAGCAGAUUUACGACCACAAAGUGGCCCCCGUCUUUUCCCGGGCUUCCAUUUCCACCGACGUGAUUGUUACAGAGCGUGUGAAUCAUGCCAGGGACCACUUGAAGAUGGAGGCCGAUCUCAAGAAGUAUGACGGUGUGGUGUGUGUUGGAGGAGACGGUAUGUUCAGUGAGAUAAUGCAUGGCCUUGUCUCCCGUACGCAGCGGGACGCAUGUGUGGACGAGAACUCCUCAGAAGAGACCCUUGUUCCAUGUGGACUUCGCAUCGGCAUUAUUCCUGCAGGUUCUACUGACUGUGUAUGCUAUGCCACAGUGGGCUCCAAUGACCCUGUGACCUCUGCACUGCACAUAGUUGUGGGUGAUGCUCAGCCGAUGGAUGUUUGCUCAGUGCACAAUGAUGACAACUUCCUGCGUUACUCUGUGUCUCUGCUAGGUUACGGCUUCUAUGGAGACAUGCUGACAGACAGCGAGAGGAAGCGCUGGAUGGGCCCAGCCCGCUACGAUAUCUCAGGUGUUAAAACAUUUCUGUCACAUCGCUACUAUGAGGGAACCGUGUCUUUCUUACCUGCUGAAGAGAGAUUGGGAACUCCUCGAGACCAAAUCCAAUGCCGAUCUGGGUGUAAUAUCUGUCAACAGUCUUCGUCUGAUAAGCUGGUCAGCAAAGAUGAAGACAGUAUUUCUGAUGUUGAACGCCGAGACGUGUGGACAGUUAUCAGAGGAAAGUUCUUGGCUAUUAACGCUGCCAACAUGAGUUGUGCGUGUCCUCGCAGUCCUAAAGGCCUGUCGCCAUCAGCACACCUCGCAGAUGGAACCACUGACCUCAUCCUCAUCAGGAAGUGCUCUCGCCUCGACUUCCUUCAUCACCUGCUGCGCCACACCAAUAAAGAUGAUCAGUUUGAUCACUCUUUUGUGGAGGUGUAUCGGGUCAAACAGUUCCGCUUCACACCCAGUUAUCAGGAGUGUGAUUCAGAGGUGGACUUGAGAGAAAGUGGAGCGGGAGGCAAGCAAUUCCUCAGUCAAAUCUGCAGGGAACAUAGAGCCUGCGGCUGCAUGCCAGCCCAGAGCAACUGGAACUGUGAUGGAGAGAUCCUUCCACACACUGCUAUUCAAGUCAGGGUCCAAUCUCAGUUGAUCACACUGUUUGCGAGAGGAAUCGAAGAGCUGUCUAUGUUUGAAGACCCGUACACACACUGUGCAAUCUAGACCUUCAUGAAUUCACUCGAGAAACAUCCCGCUUGAUCAUGAAGGAUUGACAAUCUUUGAACAGAAGAGUUGCUUUUGGCUCAGCACGUUGUCGCUCUUAUACCCGGAUAUUGCAUCUUCAUAGAAUCUCCACACAGACUGUAAAACCGUAUAAGAUCGAGAUUAGGGUUAGCUGUUCAGCUAGACGUAAGUGUUGCUAUUUUUUGUCUUUCACCCUUCUCAGUCCUCAACAUUGCUGGUGAAAUCUCUUGAUGUGUGGCAGCUUUUAGGCUUUGAUUAGUCUGCAUUUGUCUUCCACAGUCAAGCUGGUCUUGAGAGUAGCGUUAUUUCAAUCUCAAAGUUUAAGCCCUGUAACCAUGAAAACCGUUUAGUUAUAAAAACAUACCUCUAAGUAGCACCUUUGUUCUUUUGAGAUUUGAAGCACUUGAUUACUUGAAACUUACCAGUAUACCAAAUACACUGUUUGUGUUUAACUUUUGUUGGUAUUAAAGGGUUAGUUCACUCAAAUUUACAAUUCGGAAGAACGUAAAGGUGAGCAUUUUUUGGUUCCUUUAAAAGUUAGCAUGUGUAGCAUUCCUCUGUAGCCUACAUCAAAUGAAUUUACCCAUGAAUAGUAACAAUCAUUGGACAACACUUAUUCACGGUUACUGAUAUGGUGGGUACGACGUUUCAAAAAGAUGUUUGACUAAUCAUAAUUUGUCUUUUUCAGUCUUAACAUGGUCACUUUUAUUUUCAUAACAUUUCACGCAUCUGAAUGUAUAUCGUUAGUGACCCAAACUACAAGCACUGAGAGCUUCACUAUAUCACUGCAUUGUCAGCGUGUCUUUUAUGGAUAUUUUUCAGCAUUCAGUCCGAAUGUAAAUGAAAAUGCUGUAGGACUCUUGUCUAUGCUGUCUUCCUGGGUCAUGGCCCUCCAAGAUUUUCCCAACUCUUUAAAAUGAAUUUGUAUUUGUUUCUCCUAUGCUAUUGUCUUAUUUCUUCUUCAGUUUCAUACUGUUCUUGCAGUAUCAAAGGACAAAUUAGUCUAUAAUAGACAGAGAAAGGCAAAGAGAAAUUGCUUUUCGGUGGUGUGCAUGUCAGCUGCUUUAGUAUGCAUUUUUAAAAUAUUUCUCUGAGCUGUAGCAGUGAUGUAGUGAUGUAGCAACUGUGUAGGCAAACAGCUUCUAUAGUCACUGUGCAAGCACUGUUCACAUCCUUUAUAGACUGGAAGAAAGGGUUAUGUGACGGGUUAUCUUUCACCCCAAAAGCAAAAGAAAAUAUAAGAAAUAUUAUUUAGCUAAAAAAUAAAAGCCUAUUUUAGGAACUUUAAGAAUGUUUGCAUUAUUUUCAUGACAGUUGAGCACUUUUUUUCACUCAAAUUCCCAGUACUGCUCUCAUUCAUAUGUCAUAUUUUGUGUUCACAUUAUGGUGAUAUUCUUUGCAUUAUGAUAAUGAGAAUUUGGGGGAGAAAAAGCAGUUCCCAUUACUGCUCUCAUUCUUAUAUGUCUGAUUUUAUUUUUACUCUCAAUUUGUCUUUUUAUUACUAUAAGAGAAUUUUGGAGGAAAAAUUAAGCAAUUUUUUUCAGUGCAAUAACAUUACUGCUGUAUUUCUCAUUACUAUGUUGUAUUUUGGGUUUGCAUUAGGGUAAUGAUUUUUACAGAAUAAGUUUCUUUGUAUUUCGGUAAUGAGA